AUGGACAAUUCAAGUCUACAUGAAGCCAUUAUCUCCUCGUUCCUUACCAACCAACGUCCCCCAACUGUCAACGAGAUCGCCACCCGUUUCCAAUGCAGUGAAGCCACUGCACGACAGGGCCUCAAAGCUUUGGGAGACUACCAUGGGGUUGUGCUACACCCACAUUCCGACGAGGUCUGGGUUGCCCACCCGUUUUCAGCAGCGCCCACGACCUGCAUUGUCACAUCAGGGGAGCGCAAAUGGUGGGGGAACUGCGCCUGGUGCUCCCUUGGAGUGAUGAAGCUAGCAGGCGGCACUGCGAGUCUCACGACAAGACUCGGUGCUAUCGGCGAUGAAGUGACCCUCACCGUCGAAGAUGGAAAGCUGUUGGACAAGGGCUACGUUGUACACUUUCCAGUCCCAAUGCGAAACGCCUGGGAUAACGUCAUAUAUACCUGCUCGGUCCAGUUACUGUUCCGUGACGAAGCUGAGGUGGACGAGUGGUGUUCCACUAGGGGAGUCCCCAAGGGCGAUGUGCGGCCAGUUGAGCAGAUUUGGGAUUUUGCUACGGAAUGGUACGGACGCCAUGCUGAUGCCGACUGGAUGAAGUGGUCAUUGAACGACGCGGUAGAAAUCUUUCGCCGUCAUAACCUGACUGGCCCAACUUGGACGAUUGGGGGCGACGCAGGGCGCUUUUAG